CAAUGCUAACUAACAAAUCUUUUUUUGUCUCUCUUCUCUACCGUAACCUAACCACAAACCCUUCUUCUGCUUCAAUUCCGACGAGAUCCUCUGUUUGAUUUUAGGGCUUUGUUGAGAAUGGUGCAAAAGUCGACUCGAAUAGCAAGCAGGAAAAGACCGAAAAUCGAUCCUUUGUCUGUUUAUGAAUUUACUGAUGAUGAUUUAUCAGUAGAAAUUAGUUCUGAUUCUGUCGAUUCCAAGUUGAAUUCAACCCCUAAAUCUGCUCGGAAAAACUCCACUGGAAGAAGGACUCGCUCUCAGAUGACUCCCGAUGGAGCAAUUGUGGGUACUGAAUCUAAUGCGAUGAAAUCCCCUAGAACGAAAGGUGAAUUAUCUAGAAAAAGGAAGGAUGUUAAUGCUGCUGGGAAAAAUAAGGGUAAAUCUGUACAGGUGGAUGAAGUUGUUACAUCAAAAAAGAGAAAGAUGUAUGAUGGACAAAACGAAGAAGAGCCUCCAAGCUCCUCCAAUUUGAAGACUUGGGAUUUCUACAUCCCACCAAACAAACAUUUCCACACGCGUGUAAGUUCGCACACAAAUUGUAAUGCUGUUACAUUGUUGAAAAGCAAGUUGGAUGAUAGACAGCUCCAGAUCUUCAGGGGAACCCCAUUCGGGUACUUUCUAGAUUUGCCUCGUGUAGUUGUACAGAACCAGCUUAUACAUUCCCUAUUGCUCAGGCAGGUGGUCCCGGAAAGAGAGGAUGAACUGUGGUUUAAAGUGAACGGAACCAAGUUGCGUUUCGGUCUGGCAGAAUUGGGGAUUAUUACUGGCUUGCGAUGUUGUGGUGAUGCUGAUAAGGGUUAUGAAUCUAGUGAUACCAAUAGGUUGAUGGAUAUGUACUUUCCUGGACUUGAAAAGGUACCCAAGCAAUCACUGAUUGACUGCUUCCUCCAAAAGAAAUGGAGGUCGGACGAGGAUGCGGUCAAGAUUGGUGUGUUGUAUUUCAUACACACAUUCUUGAUCUCAACUGCUAAUAUUAACACAUUCAUCACAAAGGCUGAUUUUUGUAUUGUUGAGAGCGGGGAUUAUGAGACAUUCCCUUGGGGUAUACUUGUAUUUAGAGCCAUGAUGGAGUCCAUAAACAAUAGGUUGCGUGUGGGUCUAAAGAUGUAUAGGCUUGGGGGUUUACCUUUGGCUUUGCAGUGUUGGUUCUACGAGUGCUGCACUAAUGCUGAUGGUAAGUUGGCUCACCGGGUUGACAACAAAGUGCCUCGUAUUCUUAAUUGGAAAAUUGAGAAGCAACCGACCUUGAAUGAGUUGUCUGGUGGGUUAUUCAAGAUCAGAAGUGACAAGUUGAAGUUCAAGAAUGUUUCUCCCACGGAGUUUGAGCAACUUCACUUGGAUUUGCCUGAAUCAUCUGGAAAUCCAAAUGAUAAGGAGGUGGCAUACAGAGAUCUUCCUGAAGUUCAUCCUCGUGAUGAUGACUUUAGCUCUCCUCCUAAAAGAAGCAAAACUCAGCCCAAAACCAAAUUGGAUUCCCCAGUGAAUAAUUUGGAGAGGAGUGCCGAGCUCAAACGACUUUCAGAUGAACAGUCAGAGUUGAAGAGUAAUAUUCGAGAGGUUUUCAAAGCAACUGAGUUGCUCAAGAAACAAAUGAUGGUGUCAUUUGCUGAUGUCUUUAAAGCAAUCGAGUCGUUGUCGAAGAAACAGUCAGAAAAGGAUAAUUCAGAAGCAUUGCAUAUUGAUAGAAGAGAUGGCCACCAUGACAAACAUGGUGAUGGUGAUUCCAAUGGUUUUGACGCUAAUAAUGGCCAUGGUAGUGAUGGCCCAGAUCGUGGCAAGGACUCCCUUGGUGACAAGGAGAAUAGCGAGAAAGUCAAUAUUGGGGCCUUGAGUGGAAUUACUACAAACACAUAGGGAAAAUCAUUUUUUCCUUAUCCUACAUUUUAUGAGCUGUAGGAAAAAACUUCAUUUCUUGUAGCACUCCUGUCCAUAUCAAUAGUCAAGCCAAAAAUUCUGAUUGUUCCUUGAACGUGGCCAUUUUUUCUAGUAAAGUUUGCCUUCACGACACCAGAGCAGUUUGGUGAUGAUUUGACUGAAGGUAAUAAUCAGGUUCUCCAGGUCGCAGAAACUGUUGCAGGGUUGACAAAGCAAGAUAGAGUAGCCAAACGCAAGCUGUUGUACUGUUUGAGUCUGUCCAAUUUCGAUUUUUCAUAAUACAGUUCAAGAUGAAUUUGGAAACAACAAGGAGAAUGAGGUCUUCUUCCCUACUCAAUCCACCAGUGCUGACUAUUUCAACUGGGUGGUGUAAUAGACGUGUACCCAAUGAGAGUGACAACCGCGGGGUGUUGAUUGGCCUCCAUGACAAGCUAAUGUGGUUGCUGCAUCAAAAGCAGUCUGUUUCCUUUCGUCAAGUUUGUUAUAACCUGGUCUAAGAACUUGCUUAUGUAAUUUUAUAGUCCCCAUCAUUUCGAUCACAAAUGCAUUUUUCGCCGUGUAUAUGUAAACUUUAUUGGAUUCAGUUCUAUGCAAUCAUAAUAUUUUCAUAUUUUAACUA